AUAUGUUGAAGUCGAUCAAUCAAUAAGAUGCGAUACACAUUUUUCCUCUCCCCUUUACUCUUUGUGAUACACCUCCACCCUUUCGAGCAUUCCCAAUUUUCAUUCUUCAUGACUCUUGCGUCUAGCCUAUUCAUUCACCUCCACCCUUCUUUAUACACUCUUGCAUCAAGCCUAUUCAUUUAUCUCGACCCUUUCAACUCAAUUAAGUAAUAACUGUCUCAGUGCUCCCCGCAAGCUCGGAUUAUCAUAUUUGGAAAAACAAGCCCUCAGCUUUGUCACAGCCUCAUAUGUGCUUUCAUUGACUUGGAAAAUCAAUAGCUUAAUUUAGUAAUACUUGCUUUCAUUGACUUGGGAAAUCCAUAUUGUAAUUUAGGGUUCUUGACUUGGAACAGUUCCCUCUUGUUUCAAUAAAUUUGGCUGUUGUUAUUGCCUUUUGAGCUACUUUACGAUUAAAAAUAUCUUAGAUACUCGAAAAGCUACGCGAGCUAUUCUUUAAAAUUUUUCUCUUGUAAGGUUUUUGGGCGUCAUUCUGCUAGUUUAAGCUUCCAUGUCUAGAGCCAUUCUGUUAAAUUUACAUAUUUUUUUUCUAUUUAUAUUCCUCUGGUCAUUGUUGUGUACUUUUCUUCUGAGUAAAGCAACGGAAACUGACAUCGAUUGCCUGAUAUCUAUUGAAGUUUCCUUGGAAGACCCUCUUGGUAAAUUAACCUCAUGGGACUUCAGCAACAAUACAGAAGGUUCCAUCUGUGGAUUCAUUGGAAUUGAUUGCUGGCGUCCUAAUGAAAACCGCGUCUUUAAUAUCAGACUUUCUGGCAUGGGCCUUAGGGGCCAAUUCCCUCGUGAUGUUGGAAAGUGUACAAGUUUAACUGGCUUGGACCUUUCCAAUAAUGAGCUUCAGGGACCAAUUCCAUUUGACAUCGCAGAAAGACUACCGUACGUUACAAGCCUUGAUCUAUCCUUCAACAAUUUAUCUGGUGAAAUCCCAUCUAGUAUUGCAAAUUGUACAUUUCUAAUUGUCCUUAAACUCAACAACAAUCGUCUUACAGGCAGUAUUCCAAUGGAAAUCGGCCUUCUCUCUCGACUCACGACCUUUAGUGUCGCUAACAAUUUAUUAUCAGGGCCUCUGCCUACCUUCAGAGAUGCCAGCUUCACAAGAGAAAGCUUUGCAAACAACUCAGGCCUCUGUGGACGACCUUUAGAACCCUGUAGACGCCAUAGAUGGAAAUUUGAUUCGUUAAAGAAGGGAUUUACGAUUGGUUAUGCAAUCUCCUUUGUUUUGAUCAUAGUUGCUUUCAUUCCUUAUGACAUACCUCCUUGGCUGAAGUUCAAGACCAAGAAUAAGAUGCUGAAGAUGAGAAGGAACAUUAGUCAAGUGACAGAGUUGGCUACUGUGGAUAACCUACCGGAAGGUGGCACAGAGAUUCUAAAGUUGGAGAAGGUGGUCCCAAGGUUGCCUUACAGAGAUCUCAGCAAUGCAACAAAUAAUUUUAGUGAAAAGAAUAUUAUCGGGUUGGGAAAGAUGGGUAUAUUGUUCAAGGCAACACUGAGUUCUGGUGGUUUCCUGGCAGUCAAGAAGUUACACUAUGCUCAAUUUCUUGAUGAGCGAUUCACGGCUGAAUUGAAGAUGCUUGGCAUAAUGAGACACAUCAAUUUACUUCCAUUGUUGGGAUUUUGCAUAAAUUCAAAGGAAAGGCUUCUAGUUUACAAAUAUAUGCCAAAUGGUAGCCUUUAUGACUGGCUGAAACUUAUGGAAGAUCAAGCAAAAGUCCUGGAGUGGCCUUUGAGGGUUAAAAUUGCUACUGGGUUGGCAAGAGGCUUGGCAUGGCUUCAUCAGGGGUGUAAUAUCCAUAUAAUCCAUCUUAAUAUAAGCUCAAAAUGUGUCUUACUUGAUUACGAUUUUGAGCCUAAGUUAUCAAAUUUUGGAGAGGCCACUCUUGAUUCCCAAAACAGUUCUUGUGCAAAUACUGAAGUUUGGGAAAUGGAAUUUAUCAAGGAGGAUGUCUAUAGCUUUGGAAUUGUGCUUCUUGAGCUGAUUACUGGGAAGGAUUCAUCUAAAAUGACUAGUAAUUAUUCCUCAAACAGCUAUGAUAGAUCUUCAAAUGAUUGGGUUAGUCAUAUUCUGGAUAGUAAUUCUUCCAAUUUCCAUGAUCUACCUGAUAAAUCUUUGAUUGGGCAAGGAUUUGAUGAUGAGAUCCAUCAGGUUCUUCAGAUUGCACUUAGUUGUGUGCAGUCCAUUUCAGAGCAAAGACCAACAAUGCGUCAGGUAUAUGAAGAUAUGAAAGCAGUGAGAAACAGAUAUGGCCUCACUGAUCAUUCUAACCUAUCAACAAAACCUGAAACUUCCACUGCUGGUUACAAAGGAAAAUCUGUUGAAAUUGAAAUAGCUGAGACAAACUGAAACAGAAGAAAUAUGUGUAUAAUUUGUUUUUUUUAAUGUUUAGAAAUUGAAACAGGAGAAAUAUGUGUAUAUAUUUUUUAUGGUUAAAAAAUAGCAUUAAUUAUAUUUUUCUUUUGAAA